AUGAGCGCGCGACGCGUCCCGUGGAAGGACUGGGACGAGUGGGAGUGGGUCCGCGCGGGCGUCAGCGGCCACGACGUCGCGCUUCGCGACCGCGCGCUGCGACGCGUCGAGGAGUGGCGAACGUUCCAAGGGCACGUCCCGCACGCGGUGGAGGUCACCGCGCAGCUGAUGGAAGCGCGACAGAUGGACCGCGGCGUGCCGGGCGCGCCGGGGCCGUUCGUGUCCGAGAGCAUGCUUCGGCUGACGUACGCCAUGGCGCUCGUGAGGAUGGUGAACGGCUGCGUGGACCCGUCGCAGAACGGCAAGUACGCCGCGCCGGUGAUGACGCUCGCGAAGAAGAUCGGCAUCCCGGUCCUGCUCGUGAACGUCCGCAUGGAGGCGUCGCAUCAGGCGCUGCCUCAGGUGCGUUCGAGUCACACUGGUUCCCAUACGACCGCGUCGGCGCGAUGA